AUGUAUCAUCACCAUCAUACUUUCCAAGGAAGAAAACUCACAGAUCAAGAAAGAGCUCGAGUUCUUGAAUUCCAAGACUCAAUUCAUUAUUCCCCACGUUAUUCUGACGAUACUCAUGAAUACAGGCAUGUAAUGUUGCCAAAGGCGAUGCUAAAAGUUAUACCAUCUGAUUAUUUUAAUUCUGAAACCGGUACAUUGAGAAUCUUAACAGAAGAUGAAUGGAGAGGUUUAGGUGUCACACAGUCAUUGGGUUGGGAACACUAUGAAUGCCAUGCACCUGAACCACAUAUUCUACUUUUCAAAAGACCAUUAAACUACGAAACCGAAUUAAGAGCUGCUGCUGCUGCUGUAGCUGCUGCUCAACAGCAACAACAACAACAGCAACAAAGCCUGCAGGCUGAUUCUCAAGUAAGGAUACCAUGA